AUGGCAAGCAAAAUAACAAAGAUUAAGGAACUAAAUCCACAGCAAAACCACCCGGUUAUAUUGGAAAAUUUCGGAACAUACCUGGAGCACCGACAGCACGCUAUGAAAUGUUUGCUAGCGCACGACCGGAGCUCAUCGACGGUGAGUGAAGACGUUGGCAACGUACUCCUGGUGUCGGGCGAAAAAGAAAUAUACUACGGUAACAUUAAGGUGAAUCCGGCGGCACCAGAUCAACCCGACCUGUUGCAUACUUUCGUGGCUCGACGUAACCGGACGACAGGAAAGAUACGGCUGUUCGAGGUUCGAUCCAGCACCUUGACGCACAUCAGUCACGAUAGCCCGUCGUACGAUCAGCCGAAUGAGGCAAUGAACGAGCGCCAAAUGAAGAAUCUACAGCGAAAGUUCAACCCUCGGUUGGCGUACCUGCUGGAGAAGAAAAGUAACAGCCGCAUUGAUCUGUCCGUAAUGGAAGGGAAGCUGGAAUCCAUGUUGGCCGAAACCGUGGUAAAGGAUGUGGAGGAAUCGUGCACGACCAAAAUCACAGUGAGCAAUGAUGAUUUGCAGCAGGAACUUCACGCUAAGGCUAAUCCGAAUGCGAAAACGCUGGCUAAUCUGUACGAAGCCCAAAAAGUGAUCGGUGCGGAUGUUUGGCGCAGCCUAACCGAAUCCGCCAAAAAGUUGGUGGAGAUGCCAGUCGAGUAUUUUCGCAUGGCCAACAGCUACCUCGAGACUAAGGUAAAAGCGGUUAUGCAAUCCAAUGAACCGACGACCGAACCGAACCUUGCCAUUGUUCGGACGUGUAUCUACAUGGAUGUGUUGGUGCGGCUGACGGGUCGCAAGGCGUAUCAGUUAACGAAAAAAAACAGGAGUAUUUCGUCCUUCACCAAAUUGCUGGACGGUCCGAUCCGGCAGAACUUUCUCCAGCGUGUCCAAAGCAUUUCAAAUACAUCCGAUCAGGUCACGAAGUACACACGCAAAAAAGCGCUGCUGUACUAUCUGGCACUGGUCUUUGCACUCGAAGGCUGUGAUGCGGUAGAUAUGAACUUGAUUCACCAAUCGCUGGAAGUACCGCGCAACGAAAUUACAAUGUAUGGCAAUAUUGUUGGCGCACGGUACAAUGCUAAGCAGGAUCAAUUCACAAUCGGAACUUUUCGGCCUAAAACGGAAGAAAAUCAAGCCAACGACCUUUUAGAGAUGUUGAAAGGACCGCAACGUGGCAAUCGCUUGAUGAGAAAAUAA